GGGCAAAAGAAAAAAAAAAAGUAAUGCAGCUCUCCGGUUCCAAAGGCUGGGUCAUCCCUCCUGUAGGCUUUAGCACUGACUCUGAGUUCAGGGCUCUCUGUUUCUGGGCCAGUGGUGUGUGGCAGGAGUAAGAUCAGGCAGCCAAGAUGUCAAAGAAUGAUCCUCGGGACAUCGAUGAGGAUGCCAUCCUCAGGGGCCUCAGUGCAGAGGAGCUGGAGCAGCUCGAUUAUGAGCUCCAGGAGAUGGACCCUGAGAAUGCCAUCCUCCCAGCCGGCUUCCGCCAGCGUGAUCAAACCAAGAAGAGUCCCACAGGGCCAUUUGAUCGCCAUGCCCUGCAGGACCACCUGGAGAAACAGGCUCUGGAACACCAGGACAGGGAUGACCUGGUGCCCUUCACCGGGGAGAAGAGAGGUAAGAAGUUUGUUCCAAAGCCUGGAUCAGGACAGAUCCCUAUGGAAGAGCAGAUCACCCUGGAACCAGAGUUGGAGGAAGCUCUCAGAAAUGCCACAGAUGCUGAGAUGUGUGACAUUGCUGCCAUCCUGGGAAUGUACACACUGAUGAGCAAUAAACAGUACUAUGACGCCCUGGGCGCUACUGGCAAGAUUGCUAACACAGAGGGCAUCAACAGUGUGGUGAAGCCUGAUGAGUAUAAGAUCUACCCUGACGAGCCUCCCAAUGACACUGAUGUUGAGGACACGCUCCGCAGAAUCCAGAAGAAUGACAGCGGCCUGACAGAUGUCAACCUCAACAACAUCCCGGACAUUCCCAUCCCAACACUAAAAGAGAUCUUCAAUGGUAUGAAGCGAAACACUCACGUACUGAGUCUCAGCAUUGUAGCAACACGCAGUAAUGAUCCUGUGGCUUUUGCUGCUGCAGAAAUGCUGGCAGCGAACUCCACACUGCAGAGCCUGAACAUUGAGUCCAACUUCAUCACCGCAACCGGAAUGAUGGCCAUCAUUAAAGCUCUUGCUAAAAACAACACCCUUGCUGAAAUCAAGAUUGACAACCAGAGGCAGAAGCUGGGAGACUCUGUAGAGAUGGAGAUCGCUUCUAUGCUGGAGAAAAAUCCCAGCAUCCUGAAGAUAGGCUACCACUUCACCCAGCAGGGCCCUCGUGCCAGAGCAGCCAUAGCCAUCACUAGAAACAACGACUACUUCCGGCAGCAGAGGGUAAGAUGAGUCAAAGGUUGGGAUGGCCUCCCUUUUGGAGCACUCAAGACUGUCGGUGACACAGAUUGCCCUUCCUAGCCUUAGCCAUUCAUCACUCCUCACUGUGAAUAUCAUUGACUUCUCCGCUCCGUUUUCCUGGACACAGGAUUUCAUUAAGCCAAAUCUUUUCUGACUGAAUAAAGAUCAUGUGCCUUCAA